AAUAACCAAACAAUAUUUUACCAAUAUUUACUUGAUGAUUUUUCUAAAUCCCCUUGUCAAUUGUCAAAUACAAUUAGAUUUAGAUCAAUUUAUUGACAAAUGACAUUAAUUAAUUAAUUGGUACUAAAUGAUAAGUAGGUUUACCUCUAAAUGUAUUCACAAUAAUUCAAAAGGUUGUUAUAAGAAUUGUUUCUGGUACUGUUUAGACAUCAUCAAUCAUGAUCACAAUUAUUUUGGCGUACAAGAACCCGUUGUCGAUCAUAAUGAACCUCUGCUUCCGGUUGCCGUAGCAAGACCACAGUCCUACACUGUAGUUUUAGGCAUUCAAAGAGGCACAGAAAUUAUAAGGGAUAAUCUUGGGUUCAUGUACUAUAAGAACAAAGUAACAGAUACUAAAAUUUACUUGUCAUGUUACGAAAAAAAAUUGGAAGGACAGUGCCAUGCAACUGCUCAUAUAUCUUCGGACCGCAACGAUAAUAGGUUGACACUAUCAAAACGCCAUUUUCAUGGUGUCAGGGAAUUUGACCUCAAUGUUCCACUGCUUCGACAAGAAAUAACUAAAAGAGCAUUAGAGAAAACUAUAAAUUCAUAUUCUCCACGGGGAAUUUAUAUGCAAACAAUUGCAAAUUUUCCAGAGGCUGCAGAGAAUUAUACAUUUCUACAGAGUGUAGAGAGGAUGCGGCGUUUAAGACGAACGUUUUUCCCUCAGACACCACGAAACAUGGCAAAUUUGCACGAUUUAUUGAUGGCUGCUGAUAAUGAGUGUUUUGCAAUGACACUACAAAAUCCCCCUAACAGGUUUUAUCAAGGUCCAUUGCUGGUAGAGGGAACCGUGAGUGGUGUCAUUUUUUGUAAUGUAGCCAAUAUAAAUUUAAUUGCACCAGAUUUGAGAAAUGUCCGAGUAGCAGGAUGUGAUGGAACAUUUAAGACCGUUCCAAAAUUUUUAGAAAAUGACGCCUACCAGUUAUUUUCUUUCCAAGUUGUAUUCAAGGAUGUUAGCUUCCCUUUAGUUCAUGCCCUUCUAAUUGGAAAAACUCAACAAAUUUAUGUUGAGUUACUUCAUUACAUUAGAAAUGUGCUUCCAUUAAAUUAUGAUCAGCUCACAAUUAUUACUGAUUUUGAGCAAGGGCUAAUCAAUGCAGUAAAUGUAGUUUUCCCAGAAAGUAAACACCAAGGGUGUUACUUUCAUUACUGUCAAGCAGUAAUCAGAUAUGCCAGAAACAAGAGGAACAACUUGUUUCAAUUGUUCAAAGCUGACAAUAAUGCUGCUCGUGUGCUUCGAAUGAUUUUAGCAUUACCAUAUUUACCUGCUACACAAAUUGGUGAUUUUUUUCCUUCAAUGGAGGAUGGUUUUAAUUGCAUAGUUGAAUAUGUAAACCAAUUCCCAUAUUUGGCAUUACAAUUAAACCAAUUUAUGUUCAAUUACAUUUGGGAUUAUUGGUUUAUAACAAUGGGACCAGCAGCUGUAACAGUAUUCAACCAGGACAUUAGGACUAACAACUAUGUAGAGAGCUACCAUGCUUCGUUGCUAAGGCUGAUAAAGCCUCAUCCCAAAGUUUGGGAGUUUCUAAAAAAGGAGAGAAAAGUUAUACAUUGAUGAAGCUUGUAAAUUAUGUUGUUUCUAAAUGUUGCAUGAUAAAAUCCAUGUUUAACUCUAACCAAAGCUAUAUGUUUGUGUCUCAGUUCAGUUACAAUUUCUGGAAAACCAGCAGUAUAUUGAAUUUCGUCAGGCUAAGAACAAUUUAAAUAUUCGAAAUGGAGUACCAGCUAGAGCAAGAAUUCAAAACUCUAAUGCAAUUAGGAACUUCCUUCAGGACCUUGCUACAGAUAAAAGUCCUAAUCGUGUAUUCACAUUUUUAAGGCGUGCUGGUCAUCGAGUAGAUGGGUAUAUAGCCCAAGAAAUUGGGCCACAUCCUGGCGAAGAAGAGCUUCUUUUAUUAGAGGCUGUGCAAUAAAUGUAAAAAUAUUAUGUUUGUAAAUAUUGUAAAUUUGUAAUAUUUUGUAUAGUUUGUAAUUUGUAUAUAUCUUAGGUAUGUACAGUUUUGUAAAGUAUUUGAGUAAAAAUACUCAAUAACUUACUAAAAAACGUACCAAACUUUAUGAGAUUUAUAUUUGGAUGGUCAAAAUUUACAUAAUAUUGAUUAUUUGUUUGUGUACAGUAGGUAAUUUACAAAAAAAAAAAAAUAUUAAGCUGAUAUAUUAAAACUUGAUGUUACCAGUUAUUGCCAUAAUGCAUUAUAUUAUUUUUAACAAUAGAUUUUUUUGUGUAACUUUAAAUAUUGUCAAUAAUAUUGUGUGUAGGUACCUAUACAAAUAAUAAUU